UCUGAAGAUCUCAUACUCUGUGCUGUUUGGCUCUUUGGCCAGACUCUGUGGUCUCUUCCAUGAGCACGGUUGCUGCCCCUGAUAGAAGGCGCCAUGACCUUCACCUUCACAGCUCUGCUCUAUCUGGUGCUGAAUCUGGGCCAAGAGACCUCAGUGUUGGCAGGGAAUCCCUCCAAGCCAACCCUCAGUGUUCAGUCAAGACCAGUGGUUGCCAGAGGGAAGCAGGUAACCAUCUCAUGUGAGGUGACCACAGGGGCCCGGGAAUACCGUCUUUACAAAGAAGGGGGUCCACAUCCCUGGCGCACAAAGAACACACUGGAGGCCACAAACAAGGCUGAAUUUUUGAUCCCAUCAAUGGAAAAACAAUAUGGAGGAAGAUAUCGAUGUUACUAUAAGACCCCUGCAGGGUGGUCGGAGCACAGUGACCCUCUGGAGCUUGUAGUGACAGGACUCUAUAGCAAACCCAGCCUCUCUGUCCAGCCCAGUGCUGUGGUGACCUCAGGAGAGACUGUUACCCUUCAGUGUGGCUCAGAGCUGAGAUUUAGCAGGUUUGUCCUGACUAAGGAAGGAGAACAGAAGCCCUCCUUGAUCCUGGACUCAGUGUUUAUAAACUCGACUGGGCAAUUCCAGGGCGUGUUUCUUGUGGGCCCUGUGACCCCCAGCCAGAGGUGGAUAUUCAGAUGUUAUGGCUAUCACGUCAUCAGUCCCCAGGUGUGGUCGGAACCCAGUGAUCCCUUGGAAAUACAUGUCUCAGAUGCAGUUCAGCCCCUCUGGCCAUCAUCAAACAUGUCAGACCCCCAGACAGUCUCAAAGCCCCAGGAUUACACAAAGGAGAAUCUCGUCAGGAUGGGGGUAUCUGUCUUGGUCCUUGUACUCCUUGGCAUUCUGCUCUUUGAAGCUCAGCACAGCCAAGGACAGACCCAACACGCAGCCAGGAGAGAAAGUGGCACAUCUGUCAUGGUGGCAGAGACCUCGGGAUACGUCUGAGGACUCAGGUGGUUCUAUAAGAACGGCUGGGACAUAUAGUAGAGAACUGUUUUCAGAGAAUAUCCGGAGAGCAAAUGUGAUCUGAAUGUGGGGAAACAUUUGGGUGUUGUGGUGGAGAGGUCUUCUACAGCAUAUCAUGAUGUUAUUUCUCGACCUAUAUCAGUGGUUCUCAAUCUGUGUCUUGUGACCCGUUUGGGAGUCACAUAUCAGAUAUCUUGUAUAUCACAUAUUUGCAUUACAAUCCAUAAUUGUAGCAAAAUUACAGUUAUGAAGUAGCAAAGAAAGUAAUUUUUUUAAAGGUUUAUUUAUUUAUUAUGUAUACAGCAUAUAUGCCUGCAUGCCAGAAGAGGA